AUGGCUCCAAGUCCUGUAGGAUCUCCUAACCCUCAGCCUUCUCAUUGGAGUCCACUAGUUCUUGCUAUCGUUGGCACCAUGGGAACCUUAUUUCUAGUUUUUAGCUACUUUAACAUACUUAGACAUUGUUCAUUUCGCUCCAUUUUACCAACACGAAACAGGCAAAGGAGGCUUCUACGUGACACAGAUGUUAAUGAUCCUUCUCUACAUUUCCAGAGCCGUGGGCUCGACUCUUUCAUUGUGAAAAUGAUUCCGGUUACACAGUUUAUACGAAAGAGUGAAUCAGAUAAAGGUAAAAGUACGGAAUGUGCAAUUUGUUUGGGUGAAUAUGAAGAUGAUGAGUGGGUGAAAACCAUACCUACUUGUUCUCAUGUGUUUCAUGUAUCAUGCAUCGAUACUUGGUUUCAAUCGCAUUCAAGUUGCCCGCUUUGUAGAUCUGAUGUUGUAGAUCUUGAAGUUUCGGUGUCAAUAUGUGAGAGUCUUGGAGAAAAUCAUGUUAGAGAAGAUGUUGUUGAAGAAAGAUCGGUUUUUUAUCAGGCUAUUCGCUCUCAUAUCCUGCAAAAUGCCAACUUUUCUAGGCUAGAGAGUUGAUUUGUG